GUCAGGAGAAGCAUGGCAGCAGCCGCAGGAGGUGGAGCUAAUCUAUGAGCAUCAAAACAGAGGCACAUUAUUAGGGAUGUGAAUAAGCUUUCACCCUUUUUUUUUGAGUUUUCUUGAGGGUUUGUGUAUGCUCAUCUGAUUCCACCCUGCUCUCUAUGUGUCUACCUGUGUUGUUUGUGCAAGGUGCGGGCGGGGGAAAUCCCUGCUGAGAGAUCCGGUCGCUAUGGAGCACAUCAGGCUGCCCAAGGUGGAAAAUGUCCGCUUAAUUGAUGGAGCAUCUUCCAAAAGGGCAGCAUUAGGAACCUUAUAUCUAACUGCCACUCACAUCAUCUUUGUGGAAAAUGAAUCUGACACACGUAAAGAGACAUGGGUUCUUCACAGUCAAAUCUCCUCUAUUGAGAAGCAAGCUACAACUGCUACUGGCUGUCCUUUGCUGAUUCGCUGCAAGAACUUCCAAAAUAUUCAGAUUAUCAUGCCUCAGGAAAGGGACUGUCAUGAUGUUUACAUAUCUCUAAUACGUCUGGCACGCCCAGUGAAAUAUGAAGAAUUGUACUGUUUUUCCUUUAACCCAAAAUUAAAUAAAGAAGAACGAGAACAAGGGUGGAAGUUGAUCAACCUAAAAAAAGAAUAUCAUCGGAUGGGUGUCCCAAAUAAUUAUUGGCAGAUCAGUGAUGUCAACAGAGAUUACCGAGUGUGUGACUCAUAUCCCACUGAAGUAUAUGUGCCCAAAUCUGCCACUGCCCAUGUUAUUGUGGGAAGCUCUAAAUUCCGGAGCAGGAGGCGUUUCCCAGCGCUUUCGUACUACUACAAGAACAAUCAUGCUUCUAUAUGCAGGAGCAGCCAGCCUCUGUCAGGUUUCAGUGCUCGGUGCCUUGAGGAUGAAGAGAUGCUCCAAUUCAUCAGGAAGGCCAAUCCAGGAAGUCAUUUCAUAUACGUUGUCGAUACACGUCCCAAACUCAAUGCAAUGGCAAACAGAGCAGCUGGGAAGGGCUACGAGAAUGAAGACAAUUACUCCAACAUCAAGUUUCAGUUCAUUGGCAUUGAAAAUAUACACAUCAUGAGGAGCAGUCUCCAAAAAAUGCUGGAAGUUUGUGACCUGAGAUCUCCUUCAAUGAAUGACUUCCUCUGGGGACUGGAGAAUUCAGGCUGGCUAAAGCACAUUAAAGCCAUCAUGGAUGCUGGAAUCUUUAUUGCAAAGGCUGUAGCUGAAGAAGGAGUGAGUGUUCUUGUUCACUGUUCUGAUGGAUGGGACCGGACCUCUCAGGUUUGCUCUGUAGCAAGCCUUUUGCUUGAUCCGUAUUAUAGAACCAUGAAGGGAUUUAUGGUAUUAAUUGAUAAAGAUUGGGUUUCAUUUGGUCAUAAAUUUAACCACAGGUAUGGCAACUUAGAUGGCGACCCAAAGGAGAUUUCUCCAGUCAUUGACCAGUUCAUCGAGUGCGUGUGGCAACUGAUGGAACAAUUUCCUUGUGCCUUUGAAUUCAAUGAAAGGUUCCUCAUCCAUAUACAGCAUCAUAUCUAUUCAUGUCAAUUUGGGAAUUUUCUCUGCAACAAUCAGAAAGAAAGGCAAGAGCUAAAGAUUCAAGAGCGGACAUAUUCGCUUUGGGCUCAUUUGUGGAAGAAUCGUGCUGAUUAUGUGAAUCCUCUGUAUAGGGAAGAUCAUAACAGGACCUUGAAUCCUCAGUCAGCUCCUUGGCAAUUUGUUUAUAAGUUCUGGAGUGGAAUGUACAACCGCUUUGAAAAAGGCCUACAUCCUCGACAAUCUGUGACGGAAUACCUUAUGGCGGUAAAAGAAGAAACGCAGCAGUUAGAAGAGGAAUUGAUAGUCCUAGAAGAGAGAUUAGCAAAGUUUACAAAAGUGCGAUUAAAUAACGGUCAGACAACACAGCGACAAGAUGGAAUCGAUGAGUUACAACUUUCCACCUCUAAUGACAGCAUAGCCAACACACCCCAGGAUUAUAUUGGUAAUCUGAAGUCAUUUCCCUCUCGGAGUUCUUCGCAGGGAGACGAAGAAGAUUCAGCCCUGAUUCUUACACAAGAUAACCUGAAAAGCUCAGAUCCAGAUCUUUCAGCCAACAGUGACCAGGAAUCAGGUGUGGAGGAUAUGAGUUGUCGGUCCCCAAAUGGAGGAGGGUGUUUGCCUGGUGAGGAUAACGCCAGAGAUCGUGAUUCAGAUGAAGCUGUUUGUCUCACUGUCUGAAAAAGCAGCUAGCCAGCAGGUGAUAUGACUGCCUGUUUUAGGGGGGAAACUGUCCAAAGAAAGGGAGCUGUGCAAUCAUGUGGUUUAAUACAAAGCCAGAUGUAAUGAAAUUGUAAACUAGAAUGUCAAAAUGGGAAGUAAUUUAGAACAUUCAUGUAUUUACUGAAUUGCUUCAUCUUCCCCAGAUCCUUUGCAGAGCUGUACAGAAUGAAAGCUUUAUAUUUAACUUGCAAUUAUUUAUUCAUAUUAUUGUUUUAGUAAGCAAUGACUAUGCCAUUAAAGGUUAUCUGUUAGCAAGCAAUGGCACCUUUCCAAAAAGUCUCAAGAUGUAUUCACUGCUAUAAAUCAUGCCAAAAAUACUGGAAUCAAGAAACUGGUUGGAAUUUUAUUCCCUCCCGAUUUUCAAUUUUUGAUUAGAAGAAUAUCCUUAGCAGAUUUAGUAGUUUGCUGAAGGUAAAACGUUGAAUCAUUCUAAAAUUUCCUGGAUAUAUCGUAUUGGAUAUUAAGAUAUGACCAAUUUCACAUCUGCACUAUAAGCAUGUCUCUUGUUUUAUACCACUCAGGUGUCCUCAAAGAAUACUAAAAAUUGUGGUGUGAAGACACCAAGAAUGCAUCUGUUAAAAAUUCCUUAGCACUCCUACAGAAUAGGCAGUGCUGUCCUGAGACUGGCACAGGCAGGGACAGCAUAGCUGUGCUGCAUCCAGUGAAGAUUGUGGCACUGCAGCCAGCAAGUAAGAUGAAAAGUUCCCCUGACCAUCCUGAAAAGCUCCUAAAUAGCUACAUGGGCUGCACCUACUUCUUUGCUAGCAUAAAUUCACACUGGCAAAAGGGGGCAUUUCCUGGCCAAAAAGGUUCAGGAAGCCGACAAAUGCCAGCUGCACCCUUGGGAACACUUGUUUUGGUGCUGGCAUGGGCUUCUGUACUGGAGUAGUUCUGGUGCCGCAUCAGUUUUGGCACACAGGCAUCAUGCUGCCACGCAGCUCCCCACCACCAGCAUAAGUUCCCCUGCACUGGUGUAAAUUUAUUUAUCUAUAACAUUUAUACCCCGCCUAUAUACAAGAUCUCUUUAAAAAAAACCUAACCCUCAUCUGCGCACACAUGCACACACACCCCCAACACACCAAUCAGCAGCAUCAUAGAGGAGUAAUCCAGGGACACUAACCAAAUGUUGGGGUGAAGAGGAAAGUCUUUGCCAGGCACCUAAACCCACACAGGGUAGGUGUCUGGCGAACCUCUGAAGGGAGUGUAUUCCAGAGCCUGGGGGCAGUCACAGAAAUUGCCCUCCCAUGCCUGUCCCCUGUAUCUCAGCAGAAAGGGGUGUGCCACAGGGAGCCCCUCCCCGUGACCUCAGUGCUCGGGCAGGUACAUACGGGCAUAGGCAUUUCUUGAGGUAGGCCCAAGCCUGAUAUGGCUUUGUACAUUAGCGAUGACACCUUGAAUUGGGCCAAGAAGCAAAUUGCAUAAGAAGCAUUUAAGCCAGUACUGGGGGUCACACUGCCUCCUCAAGAUUGCACUUUAAAUUUCCUGAGGGGCCAAGGGAAUGACUGAUAGAUCAAUUUCAACAGAUGUGAAAAAAACAGUAAUGUAGUUUUGAGAAAAAUAACAUGUAUAUCAAGCCCUGGCUUCAGCAGAGCGAUUUCAGGCUUCUGUACCAGUCUCCUCUCCUACUUGUAUGUGAUGCUUUUCUCGGACAUGAGUGUAAGAUUCUCAACUGCCACCUCAGAUUUUGUAGGUUUGCCUACACACAGUGUGGAGGCUUUAAAUAUCAUUGCAUUACAAAUUAACUCUUCAGAUUUCUAAUGCCAUCAAAUCGUAUAGCUGUAAAUGGAUGUGACUUUUAAAAAUAAAUCCUGUACACAUAA